UAUAAUCUCCAAAUCUUUAACCAACUCUUCAAGUAAUUAAGUUCAUGUUCUUUUAACACAACAUGGAGCUUCGACUUCCAACGUUUUGUUCAUGUGUUGCAGUUCUAAUUCUUGCAUUUGUCUGUUUGUCUCUGAGUUUUGUGUGUGCCGAAGGUUUUGACUCUCUGUUGGAGCUCCCACGUUCUGGGUUAAAUAGAACCCGACCCAGAUCCAAAAGGGUCCUUUUUGUUGCUGAUUUUGGUGCCAAAGGAGACGGUCUCCAUGAUGAUACUGAGGCUUUUGAAAAUGCUUGGAAGCUAGCUUGUUCUUUUUCGUCAGGAGAAAGAAUUGUAAUUGUAAUUCCAGCUGGAAAUACUUCUCUGAUCCGUCCUAUUGACUUUUCUGGGCCAUGCAAAUCGAAAGUCACUUUGGUGAUAUCUGGUACAAUUGUUGCCCCCAAAGAUCCUGAUGCGUGGAAGGGUUUAAAUCAUCGAAAAUGGCUCUACUUUCAUGGGGUGAACCGCCUUACUGUAGAAGGAGGAGGGACAAUCAAUGGGAUGGGAUGGGAAUGGUGGGCUAGAUCAUGCAAGAUCAACCCUGCAAAUCCAUGUCAACCUGCUCCAACGGCUGUUACUUUCCACGAGUGCAAGAAUUUGGAAGUCAAGAACCUUAUGAUUGUCAACAGCCAACAAAUGCACAUUUCAUUUAGUAGCUGUCUUCGGGUUGUGACUUCCCAACUCAAAGUGAUAGCACCCGCCGCGAGCCCUAACACAGAUGGAAUCCACAUUACGGCAUCACAGAGUGUUGAAGUAAAAAAUUGCAUUGUAAGAACAGGAGAUGACUGUAUCUCUAUAGUCAGCAAUUCUUCACGAGUCCAAAUAGAAAAUAUUGUCUGUGGACCAGGCCAUGGUAUAAGCAUUGGAAGCUUGGGAAAAUUCAACUCAUGUUCACAAAUUCAAGAUGUAAAGGUUGAUGGAGCGUUUAUUUCCAACACCGAGAAUGGGGUGCGAAUUAAAACAUGGCAGGGAGGUAGUGGUUUUGCCACUAACAUUAUGUUCCGGAAUUUGUUGAUGGAAAACGUAUCGAAUCCAAUUAUAAUAGACCAAUACUAUUGUGAUUCUUCGACACCAUGUGCAAACCAGACUUCGGCUGUUAAAAUAGAGAACAUAUCCUUUGAGCACAUUAAAGGAACUUCAGCCACAGAGGAAGCAAUAGUAUUUGCAUGCAGCGAUUAUACACCAUGUGAAGGCUUAUAUCUGGAAGACAUUCAUCUUGUGUCACACUCUGGGGGGAUCACAAGUUCAUUCUGUUGGAACGCUUACGGGUCAACUAUGGGUUUAGUAUACCCGCCUGCUUGCUUCACCGAAGGCUUAAUUCGACAGUAUGUCUCAUCUAACUACAGGGCUCUGAGGGAAUCAAUUUUAAUUUGAGCAAUACAUAUUGUUCUGCAUUUUUCUAUACAGCUGACCAAUGAGUAUAUUAAGUAGGGUUGUAUGAUUAUGGUUGUACAAUAAAACCUCU